AAAUUGUCAUCUCACUCAUCUUUUCCAAUCUUCAAUUCCCUCUACCGAUCAUCUCCUUCCCUUCCCCCCGUAUCCUUUUCCGACACUGUCUUCGUUUCCAAUUCUCGCCUGGUCCAAGUCCUUGGCUCCCUCUUGCCAAGCUGACUCGGACCUAGGUAGUUAGGCUCCCUUGUCCAUGCCACGUUCAUCGGCUACGGCUAGGAAGAGUCAUAGCAAUCGACAUGAGAAUGGUCUUGUCGGUCCUGGGAAGAAAUUGAACAAGCAAAAGUCGAACGGAAAUUUGAAUGGGAUUUCGACCAACGCCUCGGAUCCGACUUCUGGCCCUUCCACUCAGGUCGACUGGCAACCGUCCCGCUCGUCUAGCGAUUCGGCUCUGACCUCGACAGUCGCAUCGACAAGCAAGGUCAACGGAAACGCGGAUUCUUCCAAGGUGGAGGGCAACGGACGAGCUCAACUGAAUGGAUACGCAAAAGGCAACACGGACAUGUCAUAUGGUCAGACAAAUGGGGCGGCGCCACAGAAUGGCGGACUCGCAGCCCAGGCGUCGCGUCGGACGGAUAAGUCGGUAACCGGUACCAAGAGGUCGGCCUCCAGUGCUUCGAUUAACCCGCUCCAACUGGCGUCCACGAUCCUCAAGUCUUGCCCGAUGUACGAUACCAUCGCCAUUUUGAUCUUUCUUCUCCAGCUUCCGCCCAUGGUUCUCACUCUGGUUCAAUUCUUGUUCGCUUCACUGACGUUCAUGCCUCCGGGUGGCGCGUCUGCCGGCUCCUUGUCCUCCAACUUUGACAUCUUCCAGGGACCCGCCGGAACACCGUCGCUGGGUACAAUGAUCGCAAUGGAUGGGUUCUGCCUGCUAUUUUGGGGUCUCUUUAUGUGGACCUGGGCGCAGAAUUUCGCCCUAGAUCUGGCUCACGUGCAAGUCGCCAUCACCCUUGGCGGAGGAGGAUCCGGAAAAAAUGGCGGGGUCAAUGCGCUCUGCGUUGGCAUCGUUCUCGUAUUACAUCUUAUCCGCAGUAAAGGUAUACAGGAUUUUGUUAUAGGUCAUCUGGUCUCAUCCAAACUCCUCAGUCCCGAUCUCCUCUCGCAGUAUUCCUAUCUCUUGCCCACCGAAUUCCGACGCACCGAACCGCAAAGCUCUCCGAGCUGGAUUCGGAGCCUGCUUGCGGUGCAUAUUUUGGCUCAGGCGGGUACUGCCAUGGCAAGACGGUCGAUGGCCAAGAACCGGUCUCCAGUCCCUCCUCGGAAUGGCAAGCGUGUGGAUACUGAAGCGUCCGCCGGCUCGCAAACACAAAUCGAUUCUGCAUUCGAAUCCGGCGCCAGUGUCUCUUCUUACAUUGGUGCCGAUGGUCAGAUUGUCACGCCCGCCAAUCACAAGGACGGUCGAGAUCGGCUAAUAUCGGCUAAGAAACGCAGGAGGCAAGCGAAUCAGGUCCGGAGUCGUCAGCCUUUCUGGGCUGCACUGGCAAGCACAAAGGUGACGGUAAUGAGGGAAUAUGAACACUCAAGGGCUUUAUCGAAAACUGGCAGGGGUCUCGCAAUGACGGAGGAGGAUCUACAAGGAGUGUCUCUGGAUGACGGGCUUGUUUGGAUCACCGAGAUUGAUAGCUCCACCAUCAAGUUUGCCGCGGGCGAUCUCGCUUCGCCUGAUGACUCUUCGAUGGCGGGAGCUUGUGAGGUGGGGCGUCUUGGAAGUGAAGAAACGGAACCAUUCUACGUCUGUGUCAACGGUGCGCUGUGGGCGACUGCAGUGAUCAACAAAGUGCAGGAAUCGUCCAAGGGGUCAAAUGCUGUGCAUUGGCGGGGCGAGAUCUCAGGUCUCGCGCCGAAUUGUGCCUACACUUGCUCCUUCAUGCGAAGCGAUACCGAUGAGGAAAUCUGUGUCAUGAGCGUCAAGACUCCUGCCGCGAAUGACGCAGAGCAAGGUAAUACGGAGCGUUUCUGUGAUGGAAGUCCAAUCUCACUAAUGCCAUUGCUAGUCACCUCGGUAUCUGUUCCUCCGCAGCCCACCUAUCGUCCGUCCUCCCCGACUACCACCCUGAAGAAUUCAAUCGUCAACGCCGAAGUCAAGUUGAAUGAGAAACGUUCUCGGUUGAAAAAGGCCAAAAACGACCACAAGCUCGCAAUCUCGAAAAUCAGGAAAGAGCUGGAAAACUACAACAACCGGCUUCAGAGUGGUACGGAUGAGAACCGACAGAAGCAACGUUCGCUACAGCUCGAAAGGAAUAUCAAGCAAACUGAGGAGGCUACCGCCGCGCUCGAAAGCCAGCUGGACAACUUGCAAAACGUGCCGGAGGAGGAACUCGAGGAAUGGACAAGCCAGAAGGCCAGAUUCGACCAAGAAUUGAAACAACUCAAUCUGGCCAAGGAGGAACUUGCUGCUGCCCGCACUGCUAUUUCCCGUGAGGUGUCGUCAUUGGAGAACGAGCUAAGUUCCACUGUUCAGAGGAAGGAACGUCUUCAAGGUCGCCGGACUCGCGUCAACGAACAGUACGAGCGCAUUGUUUCUGCUAAUGCUCAGGGUCUGAACGAGAGAGAGCGUCGUGCUGCCGAACAGUUUGCGAGGGAACAGGAUCAGGCCAAGUUGGAGGUCAGCUUCAACGAGCAAUUCGCCAGCAUCGGACAGUCUGUGCAGGAGUAUCAGCUGCGCACUAAUCAGCUCUGGCAGCAAGCUGCCGCUAUUGAACAAGUCAUUCAACAGCAACAGCAGCAGCAGAUGCUCCUGGAGGCCGCUCCCCUCACUCCGGAGGGAAACCUGCCGGGCACCAACCCUCUUACUGAGGCACCCAGCCUGUCUCUGGCUGGCCUGACGACUGGUCCCAGCGCCCGAUCGAUUCUAGGACUGAGCUUUCCGGCACUGAAGUCUAGCCCACUUCAGCAGGCGUCGUCCCCUGUAGGUGAUUCUUCGUCCCAUCCGACCAGCCCGGAUCAGCCUGCGUCCUAUCUUGCACACUUUCCGGCAUCUCCGCUCGGCCAUAGCGGUACCUACUUCGAUGUGGAUUUCGCCACGCGGGACCGUUCAUUCUCCAACCGCUCCGCACGAAGCAGUCUCUAUGGGUCCGAAUUCUUCGAUUCCCACGGCCGUCGACCUCCUUAUCAGUUCGAUCUGUCCGACACGGUCGUCGAGAAGCGGAGCAUCUCCGGCUCUGAUGGAAACGCCCUAUGCGUGGGUGUCCGACCUAUUUCUAGUCCGUUCCAACGGGCCGGCAGCCGGGGUAGCGGAAGUGGUAGCGGUGAUAGUGGUGGCGGCGGCGGCAGCGGCAGUGGUAGCCCCAGUUCGACUGGCAAGGGCGUCUAGUUUUCGUGACUGAGUCUGGAGCUCCUUGCUCUAAAUCUCUUCAUCAAAGCCAAGUUGUGCAGACUUCCUCAUUCCGUGUUUGUUGAUCUUCCGACAUGAUGCUCCAGGUUGCAUGGUGACGCAUGUCUUUGGGCCGAGCGAACCGACAGGUUGGUUGAGCCUGAAGCUACGUUGCUUUGUUGAUCUAGUUAUCAGCAGCCUAUGAACAAAUAAAACCGUGUCAUUCAGUAGAGUUUAACUUCCGACAUCGCGAGACGAGAACUCGUUACAUAUAAACUGUUGUAGUUGGAUUGACAGUAGAUUCAUUUCAUAGUGGCUAGCGCCGGCUUGCGCAUAUUUUGUGAUGUCAUUCGAGGUGUCCACGCUGCGUCUCGGUCAAUAGUCGAUGCAUGCAUCUACAGCCAAC